AUGGCUGCCGCAUUUAAGCCCUUAUUGGAAUUAGGCCUACCCGAUUCUGUUUCCCCAAAUCAGAACCAUCAUUCUUUCAACGGAUUUGAGACUUCCCCCUUAAACCAGCGUAUCAAAACAAACGGUUCGAUAGUGCGGUCGCAUUCGGCCGGCGAUGGACAGAUGUCACUCGUAGCCGAAAAUCGAUACAACGGUUAUCCCCACUCCCCCUACGAGGCGGAAGACGAUGACGGAGACAACGAGUCACCCCCUGUCCUACUUUCUGAAUGCCCUGAAUUUCAGCCGUAUUUAAAACCCUCCCCUUUGCAGAAAGAAAUUGGAGUUCUAAACGAAGAAGACGAAAUUGUCUUUGGUUUUUUGCCCCGAAAUGGCAACAAGACGGAUGGAAAUAAUGAGGAUGAAGAGAGCGCCAUUUGGGAGUUAAUUGAAGCCGAAGCGGAGGCCUACUGUGCGUCAGGCCGAGGCGGGGAGGAUAAAUCUCGUUGCCUUGGCAACCUUAUGACCCAGCCUCCGGCCAAGGAGACGAUUAGCCACGAGACCCCUAAGCUAAAUUCCUUGCAUGAAGACCCAUCUCCUCCUACCUCGGGCGUAGCCGCGCUGCUGAACUGUGCGGCAAGCGAAUUAAACAAACUCCGAGUUGGUGCAGCAGUCCUCAGAAAGACGUCUGUUGAAUCCAAGGAAUCCCCUAAACCAUCGUCGUUUUCGCUGCCACUGUCACAACCGCAGCCACCACCUCCACCGCCGCAGGUUGCCGCCGAAAAUCGUCAUGAGAAGACGUCUAGCACAACUGGAACUCUUGCGAGUUUGCUUCACAUCCAGUUGGCCCAACUCAAUCGGAUGUCCGAGGCUGUGAGGGUUGAGUUCAGUAACCAACUCGCCCAUGAGAGGGCACUGUUGGAGCUGCUGGAACUGGAGCACAGUCGAGUCCGUUCUGAGGUGAGGGCAGCCGAAAAGAGGGGUGAAACGGCACCACCCGACCUCACAAAUCAACUGCGCCACCUGAAAGAGCGCCUGGACCAACAGAAGACCCUCAUCGAUGAUCUUGAGUACCAGUAUCUUGAAGACAAAACCAAAUACGAGGAGGAAAAGGAGAGCUUGAUAGCCCAGUUAAAACUCCAUGAAGAUACACCGUCCGAGUCACCUCACAGUACGAGCCCAAACAGGCAGUUUCGCACGGACGAUGUCGCUCCCACGCAAGCCGACAACUGCUACUCCGGAUUCGGGACUGUGGUCGCUCAGCCUGAUUCUCUACCGACCCAAAAAACCAACUCACCUAUUUACUCAUCGCCCGUCAAAGACUCGCCUGUGGAUUGUCCCGGUGGACCAUCGACUCCUGUUGACAAUGGCCCUCGAAACAGAGCGUUUUUUGGUGAGAACGAGGCCAAUUUGAGUGCUACGAGUAGCAUUGCUCCUGUGCCCGUGGCCGAAAACCAAGGGCAUUUAGUUAGGACCCCACCACGAACCUUGGCUGAGUACGUUGAAGGGAUGCAGAGCAACAGCGGCUUCAGCCACUACUCACCGCCACUUCUACCUUCUACUUCACCCUCGAUACACCGCCGAGGCAAUUCGUCGGUGAACGAGCCGAAAAUCCCGUUCCCUCUCUCCGUCUUUCACCACCAAAAUGGCCGCAGUUUUGAAGAAACUGUAACCACUUCUUCGAGCUCCUCUCUAGUCCCCGUUGAACGGGACCCCUUCCAGUCCUCAUUCACGUCCUCUUCGAUCAACAUCUUCCAUGCCGUCCCUCCCUUGCCCCCCAGCGCAGCGGUUCCAGAACCACUGAUGGGCGACUGCGAAGCGUCCAUGCGGCGGCCGCGACUCGACGACGUCAUGCCACAGCCGCUAGACGGAACUUUUAUCCGUCGACGACAGCGAACUGCCUCUGCGGCUACUCGGCGCGUGUGGCAGGAUUGUGAGGCGCGUCCGUUGACCCGCUACCUCCCAGUACCCGACGACAUCUCCUUCGAUCUUCGGCAUCACCUCGAGGUAACCUGCGGUCACAUUCUUUGCUCCCCCCUUCUAAUGCCCCAGUUGCACGUUGACGCGACCACCUGCGCGGGCUACCUGUACAAAAUUGAUUCGCGCAUGACCACCACCACCACCACCGCCACUAGGGGUGCCUCCACGGACUCGCAGCAGGAUGUGUCAUCGUCAGGAGGUGAUCUCUCCUUCUUUUCGCCCGCCACUCGCAGAGCACGCCAGGUGUCCCGUGUGACUCCUCCUUCCAACGGAGGCGGUUUCAUGGCAGCUCUCUUUCACCGAAGCCGCCGUGGUAAACGACGAUGGUUCGUCCUUGAUCGCAGACGACGACUUCUCAUCUAUUAUUCUUGUCAGACCUCGAAGACCUCCAGUGCGGCUUCCCUCAUGAAACCAAAAGAUGUAAUAAGCUUCACUGACAUAAUCGAUGUCUACCCAGACAACCACGCACGAAAGAACAACACCAGUUUUUGUCUCCUGCUAGUCGCUUCAUGCCCACCCCCGCCAAUGAUGCUUUCGCCAAGACGACGGCCUCUGCCAACAAGAACACGACUUUUGUCGCUUGCAGCUCCCUCCGUUGAGGCGAUGCGGGUUUGGGUGGACGCGCUCUUCACCUGUGCUGGUGCCUAUCUGUGCCUACCCAACGUCAACGGCGGUGGCAUCACCGGCCUCCGCCAGCACGAGAGCGAAGAGGGUUGUGAAGUCCCCUAA